AUGAUUGAAACAGCUACAUACAAGACCAAAAGCCAGGCCAAGAAUUUAACGGCUCAUCAAAUGUUAGAGAAAUUAGAAUCCAUGGAAUUUCACGGAUCAAUGACUCCUGUACUAAACCAAAACGAUCCAAUAAAGAUUUUGGAGAAUAUUGAAAUUAAUAAAUCUCAAGUACAACUUUCAAAAAAAGGGACAACUGAAAAAGUAUGUAAUUUUUAUUAGUAUAUAUACCCUUAUAAUACACAAAAAGGCUCUCUAACAUGUUAAAAAUAUGCUGUAAUAUUGCAAUAACAUACAUCUUAAAAAUGAAAUACGGGAUAAGAGAUUAAAAGUCUCCUCUCAAAUGACUGUAAUUGAAUAAAUUAAAUUUCUAAUACUACAAAAUUGACCAAUGCAAUAAAAUUUCUUUUUAAUAAAUUCUUUAAUGUUAUAUAUAAGAGUUACUUUUUAAAAAUCAUUUUUCUUAUUUUGAAAGUUUUAUUAAAGUUAAAUCGUAAUUUUUAAUCAUAUUUAAUAUUCUUCCAAUUUUUAAUUUAAUUUAAGUUUCUAAUUCAAGGUUUUUUUCUGUUUUUCAUAUGCAUUUUUGUGGGUUUCUAUUAAAUUCUAAAUCUGGCUUCGAGUUACAUCUGAUGAUAAAACCAAAUUAAUAAGUUCUACAUUAAACUACAUUGUAAAAUUUGACACUUAUAUUGUACAGUUAUUAUCGCUUCAGGGUUUGAAAAUCAUAAUUAUGCAUUGGUAUUGAAAUAGACUAAAAAAAGGGUUAUAAUUAUAAUUUUUUAUGUUCCCAACAUAAUAUGUACAUUUUUACCUAAAUAAUAUCAUUGGUUAUGAAUAAAAUGAUAAUAUUUUCAAAAAUAAAAAAAUAAUUUUAUAUCCAAUUUCAAUAUUAGAAAUUUAAGCACUUUUUUUUAAUUUAAAGUGUCCUAUUUUGUAUUAUAGGAAAUGGAUAACCAAGCAGGAAUUGAUUUACACGAUGGAUGUGUGCAUAUCAGUUCAUUCCAAAAGACUCCAGCAUCCAUGAUUCAGGAAUUUGCUACCAGAAGGAAUAUCCCUUGUAAAUUUGACCUCAUAGACAAUACUAAUCCAUCAUUAAACAAUGUAUAUAAGUAUAGAUUAACAUUAGGUGACGAUCAAACUGUAGGUUAUGGAACUUCAAAAAAAAGUGCUAAACAUCAAGUAGCUUUAAAUAUGCAUAACGUUUUAAAGCAACAUAAUCCGCGUUUUAUUGAAACUGAAUUUAAGCAAAUUGAUUUUGAAAACCCAGUUGAUGUUUGUAACAAUAUUAAAGUAAACGUUGUUGGCAGUUUAUCCAAUUUAUGUGUCAUUAACAAUCUUGGAAAACCAGUUUAUGAGAUAGUACGAGAAGAAGGAGAGCCACAUACUAAAUUGUAUACGUUUAGUUGUCAAGUAGCUCAAAUGUUUGAAAUAGCAUCAUUCAAGACCAAAAGACAGGCCAAGAAUUUAGCUGCUUUUCAAAUGCUGAGAAAAAUAGAAUCCAUGGAAUUUAUUUUACUUUAA